CUGCUCGAGUACUACGAGACCAUGUACACGAUGCGGCGCAUGGAGAUCGCGACGGACGUCCUCUACAAGGGCAAGUUCGUCGCAGGCCUCUGCCGCCUAGACGCCCCUUUCCGGCGCCGAGGGCGUGGGGAUGGGGCUCGAGGCGCACGCGCGGCGGCGACCAUGACCGACUCGAUCGUCACGUCGUACCGCGAUCACUGCUACCAGUACACGCGCGGCUCGACGGUGGCGGAGGUGCUCGGCGAGCUGCUGGGCAAGUAUAUCGGGCCCGCCAAGGGCAAGGGGGGGUCGAUGCACAUGUACAAGGCCGACAACAACUUUUACGGGGGCAACGGCAUCGUCGGCGCGCAGACGUCCCUCGGCGCCGGCCUCGCCUUCGCCCACAAGUAUGCCGAGGACGGCGGCGUCGCGUUUGCGCUGUACGGCGACGGCGCGGCGAACCAGGGCCAGCUCUUCGAGGCUGCAAACAUCGCCGCGCUGCUCAAGCUGCCCGUCAUCUUUGUCUGCGAAAACAACCAGUAUGCGAUGGGCACCUCGCUCGCUCGCGGCUCCGCCUGCACCGACUACUACACCCGCGGCCAGUACAUGCCUGGAAUCAAGGUGGACGGCAUGGACGUCCUCGCGGUGCGCGAGGCAGUCAAGGUGGCCAAGGAGCUGGCCAAGGAGGGCCCGGUGAUGAUGGAGAUGGACACCUACCGCUACCACGGCCACUCCAUGUCCGACCCCGGCAUCACCUACCGGACUCGCGACGAGGUUGCCAGCGUUCGCGCGGCGCGCGACCCUGUGGCGCUCGUCAAGUCGUGGCUGAUCGACAAGGAGCUCGCCACCGAGGCGGAGGUCAAGGGCAUCGAGAAGCGCGUGCGCAAGGUCGUCGACGAGGCCGUGGCCAAGGCCAAGGCGGCGACGCCGCCGCCGCCCGGCGAGCUGACGCGCGACAUCUACGUCGGCAAGUACGAGCACCCGCGCAUGGUCAAUGUGGGGCCCGGGCCGCAAGGAGGGCCCGCCUGAGCGGCGCCCGCGAAGAGAGGAGAGGGGCGGAGCGAUGGGACAUGGCGCGUCAGUGUGGGAGAGUGAGAGCGGUCGGGCGUUCUCUAGUCUAGUGCGGGGGUCGCGGUCGGGUUCGUGCGUGCGUCUCAAGGGUGGAGGGCGUCUCAACGGCUUUAAGCGGCGGACGAAGAGAUAUAUGAUAAAACGA